CCAAAAAUGGAGAUGUUUCUAAGCCAAGUACAGCUGUUCGAAAUCGUUUACCGUUGAAGGGGAAAAUGGCCAGGAAAAAAUCUGAGUUUUCUUUUAGCGAUGAUGAGGAUAGUGAUUCUACUGAAUGCCGUGCAAAAAGGGGCAACGAAACAUCACUGCAACCAGAUGACACUAAUGAACAAUCACAAAACAGGCGACACUCUAAGCGGUGGUUUUUACAAAUGUGCCUUAUUUUUGUGUUAUGUGCAUUAUCUUUAUCAGGAUACUUUCAUGUUAACCCUCACGGCCUUUGUCUAGAUAGUGAAUUCAGCAAGAAUAUUUCAGGCAUUGGCAGUACCCUCAAGACUGAGUUAUAUGGUCAACACAUUGCUCAGAAGCUGGUCACCUCGGCGCUGAAGAGUCACUUCAACAAGCAAGACAUAAGGAAGCCACUUGUGCUGUCUUUUCAUGGCUGGACUGGAAUAGGCAAGAACUUUGUCAGCAAUAUUAUAACAGAACAUUUUUUCAAGCGCAAGACUCACAGCCCCUUUGUACACAAGUUUAUCAUUCCACUUCAUUUUCCUCACGAAUCCGAAGUUGAAAGCUACAAUGAACAGCUACAGAGAUGGAUCAAUGGAAAUAUAUCACACUGUAGAAAGGGUGGCUUGUUUAUAUUUGAUGAAAUGGACAAAAUUCACCUUGGCAUGAUGGGCACAAUUAAAGAUGCCAUCUUGGAUUACCGAGGCAAGAAAGCUGGCUAUGGAAAUGUGGUAUUUAUUUUCCUGUCAAAUUCUGGUGGCGAGGCAAUUAAUCGACAUGUACUGAAUCACGCUCUUGAGGGAAAAUUGAGAGAAUCCCUAACAUUGGGUGAGCUGGAAAUUAUUUUCCAUGGCAUUGUAAAAAAAAUGCCAGAUGUUUGGUUUGCAGACCUAUUGAAGUCAGAAGUCAUUGAUCAGUUGGUUCCAUUUAUUCCAUUGGAGAGGACACAUGUGAAGCAAUGUAUCAGAAGGGAUCUCAUCAAGAAAGGUUUCCAAGUAAAAGAGGCGUUAGUCACAGAGAUUGCAGAUCAGAUGGAGUACUUCCCUGAAAGAUAUGAAUUCUUCUCAGUGUCAGGGUGCAAGAAGGUGUCAUCCAGAGUGGAUGUCGUCAUGGGAUGAACUGUGGAGCUGAGGUGGCAGUGAUGAGGCUUUCUUACAAAUGUGCAACAAGGACUGAUUUUUCUCAUCUCUGGACACUUUUAAAGUGUCAUUAAAAUGACUAUACAUUCAAGGAUGCAUCACUUAGACCAACUUUCUCCCAAGUGGAACGAUACAAUGUUUGUUAACCAGUGAAGAGAAAUUUUGAUGGCGUGAUUGGGACAAAAGGGUAAUAUUUAAGAAAUAGAAUUCAUUUUUAGUGCUUCUAUUGAGUUAUAAAAACACCACUGGAAGUUUAGGAGAAUGAGAAAUGCUUUGGGAACAUAAGCUGAUAGGUGAGUGCUUUCACAACUUUUUCAAGAUCUCCGAACCUUUUGCAAGUGUUUCUAUAACUUGAUAGAAACAUGAAGAAAAUGUUUUCUAUUUUUUUGGUUAGAAAACAGCC